AUGAAGUCAACAGUCAUUUCGUCGCUCUUGCUCGGUGGUGCCGCCGUUGUGAGCGGCCACCCCCUCGACAUUCGCCAGAGCCUUGGAUAUGCCGAUCCGACAUCGACUGGGGGAAGCAUGCUCACUACGGUCGGAAACGGUUUGGGCGAGCCGCUCAAUGUCAUCAUCUCGGGCAACUCGGACGCACAAGUACUGACGCCAGAGGGUGCCCAGGAGUACUUCGAGUCCCUGUACUACAGCCCUGGCUCAUGCCUUGGUGUCUCGGCGGGCCUGCCUCAGAAGGCCAACCUGGGGGACGGUAAUGGCCUCCGUGAUCAGACUGACGUUUUGCGUUUCAAUUACUACUCUGGUGAUGGCGGAACAUGCAUCGAAUCGGCAAAGGGCGGCAACCACUUGAGAUACUGGAUGCAGAACGGGUCUUCGGCAGACACAAAGGCCAUCUUCAUUGCCGCUUCCGUCGAAUAUCCGGCGACGCAGAGUCACAAUAUCGUGCCCGAUGGAUAUGACCUGGGCCGCGACUGGUUCACGGGCAACGCCACCAACUCGUCGGGAACCGAGUCGCCGGGUGGCUUCAAGUACGAAGCGCAGGUGACGCAGACGAACCUCCUGUCGAGCGUCGAUGUCUCGCAGAUCAACCACAAUAUUGCCGUCGACGGCAGCGUCUCGGUUCUUACCGUCAAAGUGACAAAGACAGGCCAGAUUGGAACGAACCGCGAUGGCGCAAGGGGUUCGAACAGCUCGCAAACAAGCGGAGCAUCUCGAACGAUGGCUUCUCCUGCUGUCCUGGUGGCUGCCGUCAUGGUCUUGCUGACGUUCCUUAGCCUCGUCGAAGCUCACCCUUCGCCGCCGCGUCCCUCGUCGCGGGUCAGUGCCAGGUCUGCAGCUGAUGCAGCUUCGCCAACGAAGAUCAUGAUGGACAAUGCUCAGCUCGACGCAGGUUUCGCUCAGCAAUUGUUCGCCGGCACGCCCAAUGUCGCUACGUCGGAGCCCGUGGAUCCCAUCGAUCAAGGACUCCGCAAGCGCCUGACGCUGGCCUCGAGACUGGCCGCCUCCGCGUACUGUGAAUCGUGCGUGUCUUGA